CAGUAACACAGCUACACCUUCCACUAACACUUUGUCAACCAUCACUCUUUCUCUGUUUGUCGCAACAUGCAUUUUGGCUUUUAAGAUACCCAAUUUCUACUUCAAAAUGGGUGUAAAGAACAGUGAGGCUCGGACAGGCGAGGUCGCCCUCAUCAAGACCAUCCGCGCACUCGACGACGGUAGCUUCGACACUAUCGGCCAAAGACUCGAGACAGUAUGGAACACAUUAUCGAAACACAGGGGAGGUAGCUUCCAUGCUGCCGAGGAAAUGCUGCUGCGAUGGCUCCUCAAGAACAUGUCUGGAUCCGCCACCAUCAACGACCAAGUCCGACGCUUUCCCCUAUCCUGGAACAUCAUGGGCGCAGUCUUCGCCUGGAUCCCGCUUUUCUCCCUAGCAAAGUCGCUUGCCGAUCGACGAUUCAUUGCUGUCCUGCAACAGACACUCAAGGACAUCUCGACGCCACAGAGGCAGGCCGCGCAGGGCAAGAAGGGAGACUCAGACGUUGAGAUGAAGGACGCCACAUCAGAUGAGACUACGCAGAAGUCGAGGAAACGAAAACGGACGACAGCCGCGAAAUUCGAUCUUACAAGUCAACAACAAGUCGCAGGAUGCCUUCAAACCGCCGAGGCUGUCUUCGAAGCUCUCCGAAUCCUUCUAUCACGAUGCGACAUCAAGUCAACUGACGGGAUGCCAAGUAACCGUAUGGGUGCCGAACACAUCAAGUCGCUCUUCUCUUCCUCUGCUUCGGAUGUUAUGCAGAUGCUGGUCCCAGUCCUUUCCAUCUGCAACUUUGCCGCGGAAAGUGACGAGCUUGAGUCAUCGAAGGAACAAAGCACAUGGAUGUCCACUUUCUACACCCUCUGGGACCUCCACCUCCAAGGUCCCGAAGAUGCUUCGGCCGUCGCUGUCUCGCUGUCUGGCCUGGGCGGCCAUCUCCUCAGCAAAUUGACGGCCACACCGCGCCACCCAUCCCUUAUUAUCGACACCACCAUACAAGAGCAAUGGGCUCGGGACCUCCGUCGCUUCCUCACACGAAACAUGAUCCUCCCUGCACGAGCGGCUUUCCUGAACAACCGGGCUCAGGAUAUCAUCCAAGUCGCUACCCAGAUGUCCUCCGACUUCGCCUCUACCAACUACCCUGUUCUCUUCGACCUUGUCACUAGGGCACCGCGUGUGCUAAGCGAAAAGGCGACAAAGAAAGAUUAUGAGGAAUGGAUACAGGCUGUCUUUGAUGGGAUCAUGGCAGCUUUGAAGGGUGCCGACGCCAGCAAGAGCCAACCUGCUGUUGAAGCUGUCCUGGAAAUGGCGGCAGACCAGCAGCUCCCUCUAUCAGCUGAGAGCUUGCGCUCCGUGUGCAAGGCAUAUGGGCUUCAAGGGAACAAGCUCAACUGGAAGCUGCACCUUUCCAUUGCCAAGCUUAACCCGGAUGUGUUCUUGGUUACGCAAGAAGGACAGGUGCUUCUUGACCAGGCUCUCGCGCACACUUUCUGCACUAGGGAGAAGGAGGCGGAUAAGUUCGACAAGGCGACCGAGUUCCUCAUCCACCUAGUCAAUGGCCAUGCUCGGGCUCGUGACCUGCAAGGAUUCAUCAAGACAUGGCUCACCUACCUUGAUAAGAACGAGCCGAGCGGGUUCCCUUGGUCAAGUAGUCAACUGGCGAAUGCCGUGGCGAAAACCGCUGAACAGUCUAUUACUGUCGGCCAGUUGGUGGAUAUUCUCAACGGGGUCGAUGAGCAAAAGACGAAACAAAAGGGUGUCAAGAUGGUCAUUCUUGCGGCUAUCGCAAACGGACUCUCCCUGGAAGCAUACAUAGAUGCUGCCAACAUGCGCACGUUCGAAAUCGUCUCCAAGGAGAAGUUCGAGAAGAAGGAGAAGUCCGUCAUCUCUACCGCUCGGUGGACUGUUGCUGAAAAAGCCAUCAGCCGGGCGACGGUAGCAGAUGCCAAGUCUGUCUGGGGAAGCGUUCACUCGGACCUGAAGUCUACGCUCAAGCGUUCAGAAACAUAUUCCCCAGAGGCUUUCGCUGCCUUCAGGUGUUGUGCGGCCGCUUGGGUGAAGCUUGUUGAUGAUGAAGAUGCAGCCUCUCUUACUAGCUCGUUUGUUGACAAGCUAGACAAGAAGGAUGAUACCAAGGGUACCUCCAAGGCCAACGAGAGCUCUGUUAGCAAGAGCUCCUACACGACUUGGAUCCUUGAAGGAUGCCCUCACCUGGUCAGCCUUUUGACAAAGAGGCAAUCCGUUUUCCCACCAACACUGAUCAAUGCCCUUACUCCUUCUGAAAAGGACGAAAGCCGGACUCUGGAUAGCGUUCAGGCUUUGGCCCAGCAGAUUCUGGAGAACCAGAACAUUGUCGGUAACGAGAAGGUUAUUGGUGGGUUGGUUGAUAAGACCAUUACGUUGAUCGAGACCCCCAAGGACUCGGAGUCUUUGAUCGUGGCGAGAGGCGCGAUACAGCUUCUGCUUGAGGUGCCUAUGGAGGCAUUGACCAGACAACAGAGAGAAUCCGCUAUGAAGAGGCUGGUGUCUCAGGCCAAGAAGGUUGUGGACAAGCCUAAGCACGUUGAUGCUCAGUAUUGGUCGCUUGUGCUGAGCUUGAUGACCAAGCUUAUGUCCAAGCCCACGUUCUACGAGGAUAUGAAGUUCGAUGACCUGGAGACCACUGGCAGGUGUAUCCGGAAGAUCUACAAGAAGUCCGAAGAAAAGGGGUCAACGGAGACAAUCCUCCAAGAGCGGGAGUAUUACCGUCUCUUGGAGGCGUUGGCUACGUCAACCAUACGGCAAAUGUGUGUUGCCAACCCCGAGGAGCGUGAAAAGGCUUAUAUCGCUAAUGCCUUGACCGUGCUCAAGUCUGAAUGUGAAGAGGCCUACAUCGCGCCGCGCCUCGUGUUGCUGCGUGUAUUCAUCUCUGUGGCCAAGGAGAACGAAAAGACCAAGGGUGAAGCAGACUCUCUUGACCUGCUUUCUACGGUCAAGCCCAUCAUCACGUCCAAGAAGUGGCGUGGAAAGCGGCUACUGCCCUUGCUGUUGGCUUUGGAAGCCACAAACGUCCUAGAGCCCAAGGCUGUCAAGAAGUUCUCUUCUGCGGUUGAUACGCUGCUCAAGGCUAGCAACUGGCUCCUUGAACAUGGCUACCAAGCUGGUUGGGAAGUUCGCACCUUCAUCGCUAAGUACUUCAGGGAAGAGCUGGGCGCACCUCUUAAGAUUGCCACCGACGCUCAACCGACAGCCGAUGACAGUGAGGAAGAGGGCAAUGACACUGAGAAGCCAGGCUCGGUGGCCGGAGCCUUUGAGAAGCUCUCAGUGCUGGAGUACGUCGAUGUGGUAGUCAACAGCGUCGACGAAGACACCAAGCUCGGCUAUCUCAAGGAGCUCCUCCUCGUGGAAAGCGAGACCUCUGACGCCAGCAGUCGUCUCCUUAUCGUGGAGAGGCUGAUCCAGCACAUCAGCGGUACUCGCCCACCUGUUCGCGAUGACCCCUCGCAGGGGCAGUUCGACCUAGCCCACGCCCACACCCUUCUCUGCAGCCGGCUCUCCCACGCAACCGCCUCCCCAGCACAGUUCAUCCAGAUCGCCAAGAUCGUCCACCUCCUCCUCGACAAGAAGGCCAACUGCAUGAUACAAUGGAACGUCGACUCGACCCUCAGCGCCGUGUCCGCCAUUGCCUCCGACGCCUCGUCUACCACCAUGCUCACCACCCACCCCAAGACCUACGAAUCCCUCUGCCACCUCGUCGAGAUCGUCAUCAAGCGCCACAGAAAGCGUCUAGACGGACACUUCCACAUCUUGAUUCCCGCCCUGCAAUCCCUCCUCCGCCGACUCAUCUCUUCCACCUCCUCCACCUCCACCGCCCCUUCGCUUUUUUCGGAGUCAACAAAGGAACACCACGCCAAGCUUUUGUCGAGGCUCUUGACACUCAUCACCGAACCAACCGUUGCUUCUGUCUCUUCUUCUUCCCGCUCUAACGCCGCCAAGGACCAAGAGCACCACAACCACCAACACCAACAACCUCUCGACAGCGAAAAGGACAAAGCCAAGCGCUACGCCGGCCAGCACAUGUACCUGGUGCUGAUGGCGUACGUGAAGCUGCAGCUGGAGUUUGUGGUCCCGCUGGUGGUCAGGCAGCAGCUGGAGACGGGCAUGUUUAGUAUUGUGGACAUCACGCCGGCGGAGGGGGAGUUGAGGAUCAUGAAUGAUGGGAUGGAUCCUAGCGGACGGGUGAUUUUCAGGGAGAUGUAUAAACGGUGGGAGAGGUUUGGGAAGUGGUCGGGUGUGUAAUCAAUCGGUUUUGGAAAGGUGUUGUUGGGAUGGGAUGGGAUGUUGUAUCGUAUUGUACUGUAUUUUGUGUAUAUAUAUGGAAAAGAUACCAAUUUUUACUGUUUUAAAACCCUACCUCGGAAU